CGUCAAUAAACUAGUUUAUCCAAAUGCCAGUUGUGCACUUUGUGUUGUACUUGCUAUAGGCUAUUAAGCCCUCUCUUUUUUCUGAUUCCAACAUGGAUAAACACAUAUAUUAAAGAAUCUAUCUAGCGUAUGUGUGUACUCCAUUAAUUUAGACCAGUCUUAUUAGAGUUGAAGAAGAAUUGAGCUUAUAUUUGAAGGCCAUGAAUCUCCACAGAAAUACUUCAAUAAGUUAAGGAGAAAAUCCUAGAGGGGUUUUGCAAAUACGCUUGAUUGGAUCUUCUCCUGUUCAUAUUACAUCGACUAUGGAUUCACAAGACCAAUAUUCAUUGAAGUGCAGCUCAUCAGCAGCUGUUCUCCCCCACUGCAUACAACCAAAACCGCCCAAUUCCCUUACACAAACUCCGCCAAAAGACAAGUUAUAUGCAAAACAUUUGUCUAAUGAAUCUGAUAGCUCUUGUAUCCAAAAUCCUAAAAGCACGUAUGCUCCAUCUUCUAUGUUCUGUACUAGUUUACAUUUUUCAUCUUCAACAAGCCCUGAGACUUCAUGCUAUCUUGGAAACCAACCUUUCCUACCAAAUCCCCCGAACUCCGACGGGUACCUUCCUGCUGUUAAUUCACCAAAGUCUUCAUUGCCUUCAGGUGGAGGUGUAAAUGGUAGAUGUGUGAAAGAGACAUCAUUUGUCUUGAUGAAGGGAUUCGAAUACAAUAUUCCUGGACAAUGUUCUGAUGGUACUUUCUGGGGCGAGAAUUAUGCAAGUGACAGUUUAACAUUAUCACAGCAGUUGGAAUUACAAAAUUUUUCUGAAGAGCUCAACAUAGCUAUAGAUGAUACCAGUGACAACCCUAGGCUUGCUGAAAUAUAUAAAUCACCACAAAUUUCACAAAUUGCGAUCACAGACUUGCAAAACAGCAAGAAUGAUUGUCCUUCAGUCAUGCAUAUGAAUGACCAGAGUAAUUCAAAACAAGAAUUUCCAGAGGCUACAGUGGCACAUAAGGCAAGAAUAAGAUGGACAUCAGAGCUCCAUGAGCAUUUCUUAGAUGCAGUCGACAAACUUGGUGGCCCUGAGAAUGCUACUCCAAAGAGCAUAUCGAAGCUCAUGAAUGUUGAAGGUUUAAACAUCUACCAUAUCAAGAGCCACUUGCAGAAAUACCGACUUGCCAAGAAUGUGCCAGAGUUGAAACAUGAUGGAGAGACUUCCAGCUUUGAACAAAAGAAGUCAGCUUCAACCAACAAUGAUAAUGAAGAAUGUAUAACAAGAAACAUGUCAAUUACAGAGGCUUUGCGUAUGCAAAUUGAAGUUCAAAGGCAGCUCCAUGAACAGCUCAAGGUACAAAAGUCUCUUCAAGUACUCAUAGAGCAGCAUGGAGAGUACUUGAAGAAACUUUUGGAAGAGCAAGAGAAAGUUGGGGCUCCCUUAAUUCCUGCCAGUGCCUCCCCGCCAAGACGAGCAGAGUCUAAAACUGACAGUUCUUCGUCUUCACUGUCAAAGCAUAAACCCUCUGACUCCGAUUCUAUUGAAUCUGAACAGUUAAGUGGUCAAAAGCGGCCUCGACAAUAAAAAGCCCCAAAAAGGCUUCAUCAACACCAUAGUUGAUAGUAAUGCAGAAAAAAAAAAAAAGUUAACCACUUCAACCAGUAGGGUUGGAGGGUCUUUUCAUGUAUAUAUAUUAUGCACAAAUUGUACCAAAAUUUUUAUUUAAAAAAAAAAUUAAAAAGUUAUUUAGAUAAGCAGAAAUGAGAAGGAAAAAAGAAUGUAUGAAAUUUAUUUCCUUAAUUGAGAUUCUCGAUCAAUUUAAGUGAAAGUUGUAAAAUUGAUUGACUGCCAUGUAAAAGGCUGCUUUCUUUAUAAAACAAUAGAAUACUUCUCUUUUUCUUUUUU